AUGAGGUUUAGGUUUCCAGCUCGAGCUCACUCCUCUCUUCUCCCUCUCGAGAAGCUCGUUUUUCCCGCCCCAGAAACUCUCCGUCGAGCUCCUCUCUGGCCUAGAAACUCUGUUGUCGACGCCGUCGGACCUAAACAUUUCCACCGGCUAGUAUUCAUUCGGACAGGUCGUAAUGCAGAGGCAGCCAUAAGACAAGCUUGGACAGACAAGAACUCAGGACGACGAUUUUAUGCUUGUCCACAUUUUAAGGUAUCUCAUCAGAAUAUAGAACUAGCGAUUAUGAUGUUAAAAAUAGCUUUAAAAUUGAAAUUAUGGCAGGAGAAAAAUGGAUGCAAUUUCUUCGCAUGGUUUGGUGAAGAGGAUGGUGCAUUAUGGCAAACAAGAGCUUUGAUUGAAGCCCGGGAUGAGAUCCGAGAGAAGACUGAGCAGUUAGAAGAUACCAUUGCAGAUAUGAGAAGCAAUUUGGAGAAGGUACAAAAUUAA